AUGCCAGUGUUUGAGAACAAGCAUCUCCUCCGCGUCUUGCAACCCCCACAGCAACUGGCGCAGAACUUUGUAGCGUACUGCAAGGCACAUCAGGUGCUUACUCGUGGUUUAUGUCGUGUCGGCAAAACAAAGCGCGGUGAACUGAGGGGCCUCAUUGCCAACAAGGAUAUAAAGAAGGAUGACAACAUUGUGAUGCUCUCAGAGCGGGCUUGUCUGCACCCGGGGAGGGCACUAAAGUGUGAAAGGUUUCUCGCCAUCUUUCCGCAGAAUGUUAAGGAGAUGCUUUUACAGAAUCCGUUAUUUGUUCAGAACAGUCGUGUGGCCGAACGCUCGAUUAUUCGGCAUAAUCAGUUUUUACUAGCGUGCUACAUGACGUACUUGAUUCUUCGCAACGAUGAGAAUGCAGAGGGCCAAGCGCUCAAGUACAUCAACUUCAUGCCUCGCAACGAGGGUAACUUUGAGCAGCUCAUUAGCAACAUGAACGGGGUACUUGACGGAGCUGCGGCGUGCCAGUCAGCGCAAGCGGCUCUUUCUUUGCAGUUUGGUAUCACGCAGGCUGAGGUGCGACCGCUCCUACAGUGGUCCAUGGCCAUGAUCUUUAGCCGUAUGGCACCCAUUGAUCACCGUUGGACAUUGCAGUGUGCAUUUAAAAAUACGCCUUUCGCGCCGGCUUUUGAUAUUCGGGGGCCAGAUGACGAUGCAAAUAUGGUUAAGGAACCCAUCGCCUUUUUGUGUCCCGUCAUCGACAUGUGCAACCACAGCGAUCACGAAAAUGUCGCUCUUAUGGUGCCCCAGCGCACUGACUCAUCGCAUGAAUCGGUAAUUUGCUUGCGCUCGCUUCGGGAUAUUGACCGCGGGGAGGAGCUCACUAUGACGUACGGUGGAUCGCCAACGGAGCUACGUGUUAUAUGGGGAAUGCAACGCGUUUUGUGA